CAAGACACGCAAAGAAUUUAAUUACACGAAAACACUAAAAGUCAGUAUUUUAGUGAGAAUGGAUCAUUUCUAAUAAACUUGCUUGUUAUAAUAUUUACAAGGAGUAGGAUCUUAUAAUGAAGAUAGUGGACUCUUAAUAGCAAUCGGCACUUUUCGUGCGAUUUCGUACUUAUUUCGGCAUUCUCCUAUCAUAUAUUUAGCUCACGGGAGUAAUGAUAUCUUUCGCAACCAGAGAACUGUAAAAACAUGUUUCUAUCUAAUUGGUUUACCUAAUAAUUCUGGAUCCCAUUGCUUUAGAAUUAUGUUGCCGAAAAUCCAUACGGAUACGCACAACAAUUGCCGAUUGUCAUGACGGAUCAAUUACCUUAUUGCAUUGUUUGUUUUCAGUAGUGUUUAUUAAGUCGGCGAAAUGAACAUAAAUGAUGAAUAUUGUAAAAGGAACUUAGCAACUCAUAAAGGGAUAAUGUUCUCUGUAUUAGUUACAACGAUUUAUAAUAGGAAAUCGCAAGUGUUUGUUUUGUUUUGUUUGUGCUAUGGUCUUUAUAUCAGCUACUGUCUCGGCCAUUGCAAGUUGUUUGUCUUCUUAAAACCUCGUUUUGGAUCUGACUACAAUAUGACCGUCACGAAGCACAAUGUUUCAGCGAUUAACAUGUCGAUCAAAUACUCACUGAAAAAAUCUUUUAAUGAUAAUUUGAAGAAAAAAGGAAUAAAUCAGAAACGCUGUUUUACAUUGUCAAGGAACGUUCAUAACUUAGCGGAUUUGUACAAACUGAAUGAAGAAAGAGUAAAAUUAGUCACCAGAAGUAGGCAGAGGAAUACUGGAAAUAACGAAGAGAGCAUUCGACGACUUGGAUCUAAAGCUUGCAAGCGUUUUGUAGGACUCGUACCUGCCCAAGGAAGAACCGGAAAUAUGAUGUUUCAAGUGGCAUCUAUUAUUGGAAUUGCCUAUAUGUAUGACGUAAUACCAAUUAUCCCUGAGGAAUUGCCCCUGAAUAAGUAUUUUGAUUUACCAAAUACAAUAAAAAGGAACAAUAACGUAUUGGAGAACGUUGAAAGACUUGUUUGUUACCCGGCUGCAAGGUAUCGCAACCUUACUAAGGCUUUUAAUUCUAAAUCAAAUAUCACUGUACAUGGCUAUUUACAAUCUUGGAAAUAUUUUGAACACGCAAGGGACAUAAUCAGGAGUGUGUUUAAAUUUAAAACUAAACAUUUACUCAAAGCCAGGCAAUAUUUAUCCAGCAUAUAUAUGACUGAUUAUCAACAGGUGUGCAUUCACGUACGUCGUGGAGACACUGCGAACAAAGUAAUGAUUAAAUUCGGAUAUGCUGUCGCCGGCGUUGACUUUAUUGAGAAAGCUAGAAAAUGUUAUAUCGAAAGAUUUUCAAAAGUUCAAUUUAUCAUAGUAAGUGACGAUAAAGAUUGGUGUAGGAAAAAUCUAAAGGAUGUAUACAUAAGUCCUUUUACGAACGAAGCAGACGACAUGGCUUUGAUGACGUUGUGUGAUCACGUGACUAUCACGGUGGGAACAUUCGGGUGGUGGGGUGCGUGGCUUUCUAAUAGUACAACCGUAUAUUUUGACGGCUUCCCUACACCACAUAGUGGACUAGCUUCUACAAUGAACAGAGACGACUAUUACCCUCCUAACUGGAUUGGUAUUUCCUAGGAGAAAUAUCAAACUUUCGCAAUGAUCCGAAUCUAAAUGUUUACCUUGAAACGACAACUCAGCGGGAUAUGGGAAGUGGGGAGGGUGCGUGGCUUAUCAAUUUUUGUGAAACACUGCAUACAUUUUACGAGGCUUCUCAUUCUUUGACAAACUUUGUAUGGAUAUUUCGAACAACCAACGGUCAGUUAUUUCAUUCAAGAGAAGAAUCGCAUUUUCAAAGAAGAUUUUUUUUGUAGUUGUAUAACCUGGCUUGAAUACACUAGGAAAAAAUACAUGUACAAAUUUACGAGCUUAAGAUAUAUUUAUAUACAUUUAAAGCACUUACCAGUAACAUCAGAAAACAAUUGAGUUUGUAGCAAUAUUUUUUCGUAAAAUGUGACCUUCCUAUAUAAUGUACUACACAAGGACUUUUUAUUACAUUCAUACCCAGAAAUCUAAGCCAAUUUGCUGGCUUAUUGGCGAAAUUGUCUCUCCUGAAAACAGCUUAUCGAGUGUAUCGAUUAGUCAUUAUCGGUCAAUUUACGCCUAUUGAAAUAUAAAGGGAGAAAAACUUUAACACUUUAAAUGACAUCAAAAGCAUUAUCUGACACCAUUUAUUAAGUUAUUGAAGUAAUCUGCAAUAUUUGCACUUUCUUUCAAUGUAAUUUUUAAUAAAAUGAAAUAUGAUCUUCUUGCUUCCCUAUGCGUUUGAAAUAAGUAACUAAUUUUGAUCCCGAGUCCCAUUGAUUUCUGUAGGAAAUGACAGGUUUUAAGCUUUACAUGGUCUUUUAAAAUGAUAUAUUCUUAUAUUUAUAAUCAUCUCACAACAUUUAUUAAGUUAUUGAAGUAAACUAGAAAAGUUAAUCUUUCUUUCAAUGAGGUUAUUUUGAUGUCUUCUUGCUUCUCUAAACGUUUGAAUAUCACUGAUUUUACUAAUUUGGAAAAUUUUACCCGUCACCGUACACAUGAACUGAUGACACCGGAUAGACUGGUACACGUCUUUGAAUUAGAUAGACAUGUGUGUCAAUCUAAUUCCGUGUUUAAUGUCAUUACUUUGUCAGAUUAAAUAAAAAUAUAGUUAUUUUAAAUUACAUGUUUAAAU